AUGCCUGGUUCACCCGACAGGACCGCAUCAGGCAAACCACGCAAGCCCCGAAACAAGAGCUUCUCAGGCUGUUGGACCUGUCGCGCCAAGCACGUCAAGUGUGACGAAGCGAAACCAGCUUGUAAUCGCUGCCAGAAUGCCGGUGUUGAAUGUGAGGGAUAUGGAGUUAGGAUCUCGUGGGCUUCGGUGAGGAAUCCGACUACUUUUAAGAGGGGUAGUAGAAGGAAGUCAUCGCGUCGAACCUCGGAGCGAUUGCGUCAGUCGAGGAACCUGGAUGCUGUUGGUGAAGAACCUUCUGAAGAGCCUGCGGAUGGUUCGGCUAAGGGUGAUUAUGGUGAAGGGCCUUCUCAUGAUGAGACUGCAGAUCUGUCAUCGGAAAGCCACUCAACCACGACGCCUUUGAAUCAUAGUCAACAAUCAGGCUUUGACUUGGAUUUCUUGACAGACCACUUGAAUACUCGAAUCUUCAACUCUUAUGAACUCUUACGUCAAGGCUUAACGACAGGUCCUCCAUAUGCUACACUUCCUACUCUACAGCCGCAGCUCCCAUUAUUACAACUCGAUCAAACGUUCCACCAGAGUCCCAUCACUCAGAAUGACAUCGGCACGUCGACGCCCGUGAGCAUAGCUGCGCUCAGCAGUGGCUCAUUAUCCCUCCCCGAAGUACCAGAUUCCGCGACUCCCACAUCAUCAUCGCCAGUCAAUACACAGACUCAAACACGAAAGAUUACACGUCACAUCGAUAUUCUUCCUAAUCCAGGUCUUCAUUGCGAACUGAUCCAGCAUUGGGCGCUCAACCUCUGCGACUCUCUGAAUCCUGUACCUGGUAUACACAACCCCAUGAGAACCGCAAUGAUGCCCAUUGCCUUGGAAGGAAGCCGUACAGAUUCAGAAACUUCGACGGGUGCAACGAGUCUCUUCCACUUUAUAUGUUCAGCUGCAGCGUUUCACCUCUCAAAGAAACGAGAUACAGAAAAGGCAAGACGAGAGCUUGAGAAUGUAGCCCUUGAGCAUCAUAAUCUUGGCAUCACUCAUCUCGCGCAAAAUAUCCGUCAUUCCAAAGAUGGUGCUCACUGUGUGGCGUUGCUGGCAGCUAUUAUUAUUUGCAUCAUGAAUGAAGCAGUCACUCUACCAACUUCAUUCUGGCGGUUACACUUUCGCGGUGCUGUUGAUUGGGUGAAUCAUAUCGAUCCGCAAGUCUGGCAUCGAAACGAAGCAGCCACCAGCAUAUACUACAUGUUUCUGGGCAUGGCUACAGUUGUCCAGACUCAAUUGUUAUUUGACGGCCAUGAGACUUCUUACUGGGAGUUUACGAAGGACCUCGGACCACAACCGGAACCUUAUACGCUAUACACAGCCUUCGGUCUCCCUCAGCCACUAUUCCAUGGCUUACGAGCAAUGAACACUCUCGAAAGGCGCCGCAAAUCGCCGAGCGAGACCAACCCCUCCCCCGAAGAGCUCGACCGCCUCGAACUCGAACUCUACCUCUCGGUACCCAACAAACCCGACACAAAAGAAUCCGCCGACCUAAUCUACCACCACGGCUGUACUUUCUACUACUCAGCCCUAAUCCACAUGAAGCGCACUCUAAAAGGUGUUCCACUGGCGGAGGUGCAGCCUCUUGUUGAGAAAGCCCUUCCCCAUCUCGAGGCUAUGCCCAACUGUACCGCUCAACGUUUUUCGCCAAUGAUUUGGCCCAUAGCGAUAAUAUCAUUUGAGAUUGCUGAUGGGGUGAUGCAGCAGCGUAUGUUGAAGUGUUUGGCGGAUUUUGAAGAGAGGUCUGAGUUGGCGAUUUGGACGCAGAUUAUGCAUCUUGUUAAGGAGCUUUGGGCGUUGAGGAGGAGGGAGGGGAGUAAUAUUAAGUGGUAUCAUACCGCGCUGGGAUCAAUGAGUGAUAGCUUCAUGUUGCUGUGA